ACCUACUUUAUCAUUGUAAAACAUUAAAGCGUAAUCUAGGUGUUUUUUAAUUUUAUACUUAAUUUAUUUUAUAUUUUUCGUAUAUGGAACAUAUAAAUAUACAAAGGAAGCAAUUAUUUCUUUCAUUUCUUACAUUGAAUUUAACUGUUAGCAACAAUGGCUUUAAAUCUAAUUAGACGUCAUUUUUUAACGAGUACAACAAAGACACCAGUGCAAUAUUGUAAAAUGAAUUAUAGUAUGCUAAAAAUAUCAGUACCAAAAGAGUUUAUUUAUGUGGUAGAAAUGAAUAGACCACAAAAACUUAAUGCUAUAAAUGAUACUAUGUGGAAAGAAUUCAAAAAUUGUUUUGACGAAUUAGCAACGAAUCCAGAGUGCAGAGUCAUAAUUCUUGCAGGAGCUGGUAAAGCAUUUUGCGCAGGUAUUGACAUUAGCAAUCUAAUGCAAUUAGGAACUGAAGUAGCUAAACACGAAGACAUUGCACGAAGAUGUAAAGUUUUAGAACUAUAUAUAAAAGGAUAUCAAAAUAGCUUUAAUGCUAUAGAAGAGUGUCCAAAACCUGUGAUCGCAGCUAUACAUGGUGCAUGUAUCGGAGCCGGUUUAGAUAUGAUAUCAGCAGCAGAUAUUCGAUAUUGUUCCUCAGAUGCAUGGUUCCAGAUCAAAGAAGUUGAUGUGGGUAUGGCUGCUGAUGUGGGUACAUUGCAAAGAUUUCCAAAAAUUAUAGGUUCCGACAGCUUAGUCAGAGAACUUGUGUAUACCGGAAGGAAAUUUACUGCUUCCGAGGCAUUGCAGUAUGGUUUUGUUAGUCAGUUAUUUGAUAAUCAAGAAAGCUUACUGACAGGUACAAUGAAACUUGCAGAAGAGAUAGCAAGUAAAAGUCCAGUUGCAGUACAAGGUGCAAAAUUAAAUUUAAUUUACUCGAGAGAUCAUUCUGUCCAAGAGGGUCUUAAUCAUAUUGCUAUGUAUAAUCAAGCUAUGUUACAAAGCGAGGACUUUCUAAAUGCUUCCAUGUCACAAGCUGCUAAAUCUGAACCUCCAGUUUUUGCAAAAUUAUAAAACAUAAAUUUAUAUAUUCAGUAGAACCUUGGUAAUUCCAGAAAACGGGACUAAACAUUUUUACAAGUAUUAAGAUUCGUGCAAUAAUGGAAAUCAAUGCAACGCAAUGAGCAAGUUUGUAUUUAUUACGCUUUACUAUAUAUAAAUUUGUAUGUACACAC